CCGAAAUAGCUACAGCCACUUUCUCUGCUACUACUCACUCGCCGUCGUCAGAGACGAUGAGCUCGGACUCUGAGCCUGCUGGUCACCGCGUCGACAAAGGGAAGGGACGCGCACGCUCUCCUGAUCCAACAGAAAGCACGCCGCUCCUCGGUUCUACAAGCGGAUCAUACAUAUCCAGCGUCGACCCCGAGAGCCCGCCACACACUCGCCGCCUCUAUUCGAGACUGCUCACUGUUUUCCUCGCUUCGCUGUCGCUAUGCUUUCUUGCUCUGCUUCUCUUGAUUAUCAUCAUACUCUCGUAUCGGGCACGCGCGGUGAGUGCCUCGCCGGACGAGAUUAUACGACAUGCACUCGUGCUGCGUGGCCCGGAUCGUGUAGACGUCCUGAAUACGACAGGAGACGGAGGAAUAUGGAUGAAGAUUCACGGGCGAGUUGGGAUCGAUGCUGGGCACGUCGCAGGAGUGAACACGGCCGAAGGAGAUAGUCUUGUCGGGGACGCGUGGAAAGCCAUUGGCCGCUGGGGCAUUCGACGGCUAGACAAGGUUUCCGUAAACCUAUCUACCAUUGCUGUCGUGCCGGAGGGUGACCCCGGCAAUACACUCACAACUAUCACUUUGCCGCCGCUGGAGCUAGCUCUCACCGCGAACCCACCGUCAGACAACAGUUGGCUGACCCCAGUCGCGAUACCAGUCCUCAUCCGCCCUACAAAGGAUGCGAAGACGCUGAUGCGGUUCGUGCGCCAGAGCUGGAAAGAGGGGACAAUACGGGUGCAAGCGUCCAUAGAGCAGGUCAAUGUGACUGGUGGUGGCCUCUCCGACGGCGGCUGGCGGCGACGGGUACGGAUCUCGCACUCCGACAUCCAGACGGCGGUACACAUAUCCAUCCCCCGCUUGCCAGGCCUGCCCCACCCAGGAGACGACCUCCCGGAUGCUUCUCAAUUCGUCAACCUAGAAUCAUUUCUUAUCAAAUCUGCUAACGACACACUCACUAUUUCUGCAAACGCAAUCAUCACGAACCCUAUUCAAUCUUCCCUCAACGCAACUGUACCUUCUCUCCCCUUCAUUGUCUAUCUCCCUCCCAAUGGCACAUCGCCGCCCGUGCCUCUAGCCCACGUACAGUCACCGCCCUUUGCCUUCUCCUAUGGAAACAUCAGCCUGGCCCUCACUGGGGUGGUUCUCCCCCUACCGCGCAACGCAUCAGGCGCGCUUUCCGACUUCCUCGGCGCGUACGUCUCCGCGCACGACGCGGACAUCCUGCUCGAGACGACGCUCCUUCCCGACGUGCGCGUCCCGACGAGGUUCCCCGCGCCGCACCCGCCGCCGCAGAUCCUGCACGACGUCAAGAUCAAGGACAUGAAGGUCAAGCCCGUCGGCCAGGGCAUGGUCGCGAGCGGGACCGUGCUCGCGCGCGUCGUACUCCCGCCCGGGAUCGAGGUCGGCAUCGACGUCGUGCGCGUGUUCCCGGACGUGCUCGUCUACGACGGCGAGGUGCCCGAGGGCGGGGCGCGCGUCGAGCGUAGGCCCGAUUUCAAGGUGCUGAACUUCCCGGUGGACGAUGGCGACCGAGACGUCCCGCCGCAGCCCCCGCUGCCGGACCCCCUGCCCGAACGCGCGUUCGCGCAUAUCCGCCCGGACGACUGGCUGCCCGCGCUGAGCGUGCCGGGCGAGCAGGGCCCCGGGGAGGGCACGGUCGUGAACGUGACUGCGGAAAUUGUGGAGGUGCCGCUGGAGGUGCUCCCGGGGCGCGAACGCGAGUUCAGCAACUUCGUGUCGAAGGUUGUGUUCGGGACGCAGGGCGCGCUCGCGGGCCUGCAGGGCGAGGCCGCUGUUGCGGUGCACGUGAACGGGCUGCCCUUCGAGAACGGGCGCGACGGCGAGAUGCAAUUGACGGGGCUCCCCUUCAAGGGCAACGUGCGGAUCGGCAAACGGAGCAUGCUCGACGGGUCGCUCAUGGACUGAAUCUCUACGGGACUGUGUAUAUGUAGCUCGUUAUUAUCCGUACGGAGCUUUGUGUAGUAUAUAGAUGUACAGUCACGCGUAUUCCUGGUGCUCAGCAUUGAUAU